AUGGAGGCCACACGCCACCCCGAGGCUGUAGGCCGCGCGGAGGGAGGCGCCGCUCGGUUUGGCCUGGGGUCGGGAGCCGGAAGCACCGGACGGACAGAGGGUUUCCGGCGGGUUCGGCCUGGGGCCGGUCGCUGGGAGCGGCGGCGCAUGCCCUCCCUCUCCAGUAGGGAGCGAGGGCCCCGAGCUGGGCGGGAGGCUCGUCCCAGGUGCACCGGCGGCGUCGCCGCCGGGUCGUGGGCACGGCCGGCCGGCCGGGCGCCGGGCCGCCACUGCGGGUGCCCGGUCGGCUGGGCCACGGUCCGGGCGUGUGUGGAGCUCCUGGGAUGGCUGCCCGCCCUGCGGGUUCUGAACUGGGGCCCUGGCAGCGUUAGGCCCCUCGGCUGCAUAAAGCAGCUGCUGGAGCCCAAAGCCCGGUGUCCUGACUCCCAGCCGGGGGCUCCUCGCACCAACUAUCGCUUCAAUUUGAAGAAGCUUCUCUCCCCACGGGGCAGCCUGGACCAGCACUUCUCCGCCCUGGCCCAGAAGCAGAGCCUGCCCCACCUGAGGCGGGCCAAUCAGUUAUUGGCGGGGUCUGCUUGCCCCCCGCCCCGGGCCUGGGCGGAGGGUUGGACCCGGGCAUGGCCUCAUGGGGGGAGGCCGCACUGUAUCCCCGAGGAGGCCCGGUUCGACGUGGAGGUCUGCUUGCAGAGGGAACUGCUCCCCACGCUGGCGGUGGCAUCCCCCUCGGCCUGGUAUUCCUGGUGCAGCCGGCGGCUGGUGGAAGAGCGUUACUCUUGGACCAGCCAGCUGUCGCCGGCUGACCUCAUUCCUCUGGAGGUCCCUGCCGGCGCCGGCGGCCCCACCCAGCGGGACUGGCAGGAGCAGUUGGUGGUGGGGCACAACGUUUGCUUUGAUCGCGCCCAUAUCAGGGAGCAGUACCUGAUCCAGGGUUCCCGCAUGCGCUUUCUGGACACCAUGAGCAUGCACAUGGCCAUCUCGGGGCUCAGCGGCUUCCAGCGCAGUUUGUGGAUGGCAGCCAAACAGGGCAAGCGCAAGGCCCGGCACCCCACGCAGCGAGGCCAGAAGUCCCAAAACAAAGCCAGCGGCCCAGUGAUCUCAGCCUGGGACUGGCUGGACAUCAGCAGUGUCAAUAACCUGGCAGACGUGCACAGCCUCUACGUGGGGGGGCCUCCCUUAGAGAAGGAGCCUCGAGAGCUGUUUGUCAAGGGUAGCAUGAAGGACAUCCGUGAGAACUUCCAGGACCUGAUGCAGUACUGUGCCCAGGACGUGUGGGCCACCUAUGAGGUUUUCCAGCAGCAGCUACCACUCUUCUUGGAGAGGUGUCCCCACCCAGUGACCCUGGCCGGCAUGCUGGAGAUGGGUGUCUCCUACCUGCCUGUCAACCAGAACUGGGAGCGGUACCUGGCCGAGGCACAGAGCACCUACGAGGAGCUCCAGCGGGAGAUGAAGAAGUCACUGAUGGACCUGGCCGACGACGCCUGCCAGCUGCUCUCAGGAGAGAGGUACAAAGAAGACCCUUGGCUCUGGGACCUGGAGUGGGGCCUGCAGGAGUUUAAACAGAAGAAGGUGAAGCAGGUGAAGAGGAAGGAGCCAGUUGCAGCCAGCCAGUUGCCCACCGAGGGGGCUGGGGCCCCUGGGGAUCCCAAGGACCAGGAAGACCCCGGCCCCCCCAGUGAGGAGGAGGAGGCUCAGCGAGAUGUCACGGCCCGCGCCUGCUUGGAGCAUCUGAAGGGGACCGCAGAGAUCCUGCCCAAGCGCCCCCAGCACCUUCCUGGACACCCUGGGUGGUACCGGAAGCUCUGCCCCCGGUUAGAUGACCCUGCAUGGACCCCGGGCCCUAGCCUCCUCAGCCUGCAGAUGCGGGUCACUCCCAAACUCAUGGCGAUGACCUGGGAUGGCUUUCCUCUGCACUUCUCGGAGCGGCAUGGCUGGGGGUACCUGGUGCCCGGGCGGCGGGACAACUUGGCUAAGGCACCGGCGGAAGCUGCCCUGGCAUCAGCUGGGGUGGCCUGCCCCUACAGAGCCAUCGAGUCCCUGUACAGGAAGCACUGUCUUGAACAGGGGAAGCAGCAGCCGGAGCCCCAGGAGGCAGGCCUGGCGGAGGAGUUCCUGCUCGCCGACGACAGCGCCGUGUGGCAGACGGUGGAAGAGCUGGGCUGCCUGGAGGCGGAGGCGGAGGCCAGGGAGGAGCGCUGUGGAGCAGCAGUCCCCGAUCAGCCCCCGGCUCCGACUGCUGCUGGUGGCCCCAGAGCCAGCCAGCCUGCCUAUCACCAUGGCAACGGACCUUACAAUGACGUGGAUGUUCCCGGCUGCUGGUUCUUCAAGCUGCCUCACAAGGAUGGCAGCAGCUUCAAUGUGGGCAGUCCCUUUGCCAAGGACUUCUUGCCCAAGAUGGAGGACGGCACGCUACAGGCCGGCCCAGGAGGCGCGAGUGGGCCCCGUGCCUUGGAAAUCAACAAAAUGAUUUCUUUCUGGAGGAAUGCCCAUAAACGAAUCAGCUCCCAGAUGGUGGUGUGGCUGCCCAGGUCGGCUCUGCCCCGUGCCGUGACCAGGCACCCCCGCUAUGAUGAGGAAGGCCGCUACGGGGCCAUCUUGCCUCAGGUGGUGACCGCCGGCACCAUCACCCGCCGGGCUGUGGAGCCCACGUGGCUCACUGCCAGCAACGCCCGGCCUGACCGCGUAGGCAGCGAGUUGAAGGCCAUGGUACAGGCCCCACCCGGCUACGUCCUCGUGGGUGCCGACGUGGACUCGCAGGAGCUGUGGAUCGCGGCUGUGCUUGGAGACGCCCACUUCGCGGGCAUGCACGGCUGCACGGCCUUCGGCUGGAUGACGCUGCAGGGCAGGAAGAGCAGGGGCACCGACCUACACAGUAAGACCGCCUCGACGGUGGGCAUCAGCCGUGAGCACGCCAAGAUCUUCAACUAUGGCCGCAUCUACGGGGCGGGACAGCCCUUCGCCGAGCGCCUGCUCAUGCAGUUCAACCACCGGCUCACACGUCAGGAGGCAGCCGAGAAGGCCCAGCAGAUGUACGCCGUCACCAAGGGCCUUCGCAGGUAUCGGCUUUCGGAUGAGGGGGAGUGGCUGGUGAGGGAGUUGGACCUCCCCGUGGACAGGACUGAAGAUGGCUGGGUUUCCCUGCAGGAUCUGCGCAAGAUCCAGAGAGAAGCUUCAAGAAAGUCACACUGGAAGAAGUGGGAGGUGGUCGCCGAACGAGCGUGGAUGGGGGGCACAGAGUCAGAAAUGUUCAACAAGCUGGAGAGCAUCGCCACGUCUGACACCCCAUGUACCCCCGUGCUGGGCUGCCGUAUCAGCCGAGCCCUGGAGCCCUCGGCCGUCCAGGGGGAGUUUAUGACCAGUCGUGUGAACUGGGUGGUGCAGAGCUCUGCUGUGGACUAUUUGCACCUCAUGCUCGUGGCCAUGAAGUGGCUUUUUGAAGAAUUUGCCAUCGAUGGGCGCUUCUGCAUCAGCAUCCACGACGAGGUCCGCUACCUGGUGCGAGAAGAGGACCGCUACCGCGCGGCCCUGGCCCUGCAGAUCACCAACCUCCUGACCAGGUGCAUGUUUGCCCAUAAGCUGGGCCUGGAUGACCUGCCCCAGUCAGUCGCCUUUUUCAGUACAGUCGAUAUUGACCAGUGCCUCAGGAAGGAAGUGACCAUGGAUUGUAAAACCCCUUCCAACCCAACUGGGAUGGAAAGGAGAUACGGGAUUCCCCAGGGUGAAGCGCUGGAUAUUUACCAGAUAAUUGAACUCACCAAAGGCUCCUUGGAGAAAUGAAGCCCGCCUGGACCGUAGCUCUGCCCGGAGGCCCUGUAUUUGCUCCCGUGGAGCUUCGUCAGGGCAGUGCGGGCUCCCACACUCAGGCUUUCAGCUGUGCUUUUUGCAAAAGGGUUUCCCUCGGGCCAGCCCUUCUUCAGUAGCAGGACUUGCCAGGCACGACGGCCUCUACCUGAAGGUGCAGUUGAGUUCAAUGGGUUCGGAACCAAGACGCUAACACUGGUGCGGGCUGUGGGACAACGGGGCACUGUUGCUUGCUGGGUAAAAAGAGCAGAAGCCCCAAAGUUCACAUUAACUCAGGCAUUUAUUUUUUCCUUCUCUUCUUGGCGGGUUCUUUGUCCUGUCCCUCGUGCUCUGACGCAGUGCCCUAGAA